AUGGCUGGAGAAAGCGAUAUUGGUGAUUGGUAUAAGAAUAUCCCAUUUAUAACCAAGCAGUGGUUUACCAUGUCGGUAAUUUUGCCCAUGAUUGGUUGGUUAAAGAUCAUCAACCCGAUGUAUUUUCUCCUGAUAUGGUCGGAAGUUGCUUAUAAAUUUCAGAUAUGGAGAUUGUUGACCGCCUUGUUCUUCUUUCCUAUCAAUCCAAUGACAGGAUUUCAAUAUUUAAUUAACUUAUACUUCCUUUAUAGCUAUUCUAUCCGAUUAGAAACAGGUCUAUUUGAUGGCCGUCCUGCAGACUUCAUUUUUAUGUUAAUAUUUUGCUGGCUAACUCUGAUUAUUGUUGGCUUUGUACUUAACGUUUACUUACUGAUGACUCCAAUGGUCUUAAGCGUCCUUUAUGUGUGGUGUCAAGUGAAUCGAGAUGUAAUUGUGCAAUUCUUCUUUGGCACUCAAUUUAAGGCGAUGUACUUGCCAUGGGUAUUUGCUAUAUUUAACAUCGUCAUCAGGGGAUCCGGUAAAGAUGAACUAAUCGGAAUUUUUGUUGGCCACGUUUAUUUCUUCCUUGUCUUCAAGUACCCGCAAGAAUACGGUGGACGUCAACUCAUAGGAACACCGUCAUUUCUGUAUCGAUAUUUUCCUAGUAGGCGCGGUGGUGUUAGUGGUUUUGGUGUUCCACCUGCCAGUCGCAGACCCGAAAAUGAAGGCCAAGGCUUUCGGGGCCAUAGGUGGGGUACAGGACAAACACUUGGAGGCAAUUAA